AUGCCUCCAGUUCAUAGUGGAGGGUAUGCGCCAAACCUUGGUGCAUACUUAAAAUCAUUAAAGAGUCAACCAGUUGAGUCAUCCAUAGAAAAUUUGAUAUCACUCUUGAAACGAAGACAGAUAAGGACUUCGAGAUCAUGCGCCAUAGCCACAGCUCAUUUAUUACUCCAAGUUGUCGCAAAGCAAAGAUGGACGGAUAUUACAAAACUUUUGGAACGGGUUCGGAAAGUAGGACAAAGGUUGAUCGAAGCACAACCAAGGGAAAUGGUCGUUAGCAAUAUCGUUCACAGAGUCUUGGGCAUGAUCAGAGACGAAGCAAAAGAGGAUCGCAGCGAGGAUGUUAGCGAUUCAGCAUCGACAAGUCAAAUUGGUUCGCCCAUGCGUGAGGGCUUCAGCGAUGUGGCAUUACCAAGGGCGUCACACAGCUCGAGGCCUCCUCUAACAACAUCUCAUACUUCAUAUGCUGCCCAGUAUAACAUGCCUGUGCAGCAAUCAAUGUUCAACCUCCUCUCCGCUGCCCCUUCACCGGCCUCAACCCCCCCAGGAACCGCGUCUCCUCAUGGCAGAUCUGUGGUAGAUAUGACUUCACUUGCGCACAAGAUGGCCUCUAGCACGAAGGAUCUCAAGGCCGAAAUCAUACAAGGCAUCGAGGAAAUUAUCGAGGAACUCGAUCAAGUCGACGAUCAAAUUUCUAGUUAUGCGCAGGAGCAAAUUUCUGAGAAAGAAGUUAUACUCAUUCACGGCUCCUCAAGGAGUGUCCAAAAGUUCCUACUGAAAGCCGCAGAGAAAAGAAAUUUUAUUGUAAUAGUUGCUGAAUCGUACCCAAAUGACCAUUCUACGACUCAUUCUACAAUUACCGGAAAAGGAGAGCAAGAAACCGAUGACGAUUUGGACGCAGAAACCAUGUUAAAGCCACUUUCGGCUGCUGGAAUCACGGUUAUUGCUAUAACAGACGCUGCAGUGUUUGCAGUAAUGCCGAGAGUUACCAAGGUUAUUUUGGCUACUCAUACUGUUAUUGCUAACGGUGGAUUGGUAGCCGCAGCUGGGGCACGCAUAAUAGCAAAAGCUGCAAAGUUUCAUAGAAUCCCAGUCAUUGUUGUUAGCGGUGUCUAUAAGCUCAGUCCGGAAUAUCCUUUCGAGUUUGAAUCGCUCAUUGAAUACGGCGACCCUGGAAACGUAGUGGGAUUUGAGGACGGUGCGUUUGUGGAUAAGGUUGAAGUCGACAAUCCUCUUUUCGAUUAUGUCUCCCCUGAUUUAGUUGAACUUUAUAUUACCAACUUAGGAGCCCAUGCGCCGUCUUAUCUAUACAGGAUAGUUGCAGAGCACUAUAAACCGGAAGACAUCAAUUUUCAUAAGCCAGAACUCCAAUUGUAA